CAGGCACCUCCUCCUCCAGGAAGGCUGGAACGAGUUUCAGUUUCGUUUCUGCUGAUUCGUCUUUCCAGUUCUGUCAUUGCCUUGUCUUCCCCAUAACAGCUUCUUCCCGUGGCUGUACCCUGUGUCCAGUCCUCUUAUAAUGUCACAAACUCCGAAGGAGGUGGAUUCCAUCAAGAGCAGCCUGAGCUGCAGCAUCUGCCUUGAAAUAUUCACUAACCCUUUAAGUCUUUCUUGUGGGCACACCUUCUGCCAGGCAUGUAUUCAUGGGCACUGGGACUCCCCGAAUUCCUCACCUGGUACUUUCAGCUGUCCUGAUUGUAGGGGAAACUUUCCCCAGCGGCCAGAACCCCAAAAAAAUGUUUGCCUGCAAAAAGUGGUGGAUGAUUGGAAAGUACUGGAGCAGAUGAGGAUUCUGGUGGCACCAGCUCUCGGAGAAAGUGGACCCAAGGGAGCUAGGACUGUGUGCCAGGACCACAAUCAGGAACUGACUUUAUAUUGCUGCACAGAGAAACGGUGCAUAUGCUGCAAGUGCGUGCUGAAAAGCUGCCGGAAUCAUAACCUCCAGGAUAUAGAAGAGCACAGCGAGAAAGAGAGGACAAGUCUUUUAAAUGAUUUUGUAUCCAAUGGUCACCAGAAAGGGAACAUAGAAAAAGAGAUUGAGGACUGGAACACUAAAAGUGAGAAUAUUAAGGACUUUCAUACUACCCUGGUGGCCAGAGUGAUGACCAAGUUUGACCAAGUGCAGAAAACAUUGGAGGAAAGUCAGACGCUGGUUGUUGAGUCUACAAGGUGUGAAGAGAAAGUAGCCUUGGCCCAGGUUUCUGACCAUCUUCAUCUGCUACAGCAACAUCUUCAGGACCUAAACAAGUAUCAUACAGAAGCAGAGCAGCUACUCGAUACCAAGACUAGUGAUGCAGAAUUUCUAGAGGGUCUUCCACAACUUUCCCCAGUUGGAUGUGCUCCAGUACCACCAAAUGUUCAGCUCUGUGGAACAGCACAGAUGAAUGCAAUCACUAAGGUUCUGCCUGAAGUCACAAGACUACUUCAAGAGGAGCUGCCCAAUGCAUUACACCCUGUGGCCACACAAGCAGGCACUAUAGAGAUCUCAGCAAAGUCUUCCAGUUUUGGUAUAACAAGUACAUGUCGCCCAACACAGACCUCAGGAACAUUUCCUAGUAAACUGAAGAGAGAACUAGUAACAGAUCCCACAACCAUGAGCACCAUCAGAAACAAGCUUUUUCAAGAUUACAGAAACCUGAUGUUUGACCUAGAGACAGCCAACAAACACAUUAUAAUAUCCAAUCAGAAUUGUAAAGCCACACACAAGACAAGUUCAAGGGGUAAUAAUGUUCCUGAAUCCCCCAAGAGAUUUCAAAGCUGGCAGGUGAUGUGCACAGAAGGAUUCUCGGAAGGAAGCCAUUACUGGGAGGUGGAGAUAUCAACCUUCUUUGUGCAGAUAGGGGUAGCUUAUGAUUCCUUAAAACGUACCAAAGAAAUGGAAAACCAAAUUGGAAGAAACAGCUGUUCUUGGAGUCUGGAGUUACGGAGCAUGGGCCACUCUGCUUGGCAUGGUAACAAAGAAGUUUUGCUGAACUUACCAAUGUACAAAAGGAUUGGUGUUCACUUAGACUGUGCGGCUGGCAGCAUUACCUUCUAUGGCAUCAAGGAUGGGGAGCUGGAAAAUCUACACAUGUUCCACUGUGUUUUCUUUGAAAGAUUGUACCCUGUAUUUUGGAUUGGAGAAGAUGUCGGUGUCAAAUUGCACCAUGUGCAAAAUAAAGUAGGGGAGGAUGGGGCAGUGUGAAGAAAUCUAGCUAUGCAAUAUAAAAAUAUAUUUGAAAAAGAA